AUUCAAAGCCUUAGAUUGUGAAUAAAUUUGCAUAUAGAGAACGUUGAAUGAUUAUUAACUAGAAUUUGAAUGGUGUUAUAUUAAAAAUAAUGCUCAAUUCAUGCUUUAACUGCUUGGUGGUUUCGUCUAUGGAUUCACAUUGGUGUUAAGGAGUAUAAAGUGUUCCUCUUUGUCAAGAAUGAAGUUGAGAGGAUCAAUGGGUUGGUGGAUCUCUGAGUUUAAGAGAGGAUCAAAAUCUAUGUUUGGUGGGGUUUUGUUUCUCUUGACACUUAUGGUUUGGACUUCAGAGAGUUUAAACAGUGAUGGUCAGUUUCUCUUGGAGUUGAAGAACAGAGGAUUUCAAGAUUCGUUGAACCGUUUGCAUAACUGGAAUGGUACUGACGAGACGCCGUGUAAUUGGAUAGGUGUGAAUUGCAGCUCAAUGGGCAGUAGUAAUAGUGAUAAUCUGGUGGUGACAUCUCUUGAUUUGAGUUCUAUGAAUCUCUCUGGGAUAUUAACCCCGAGCAUUGGUGGUUUGGUUAAUUUGGUCUAUCUUAACCUCGCGUAUAACGGGUUAACCGGAGAUAUUCCUCGGGAGAUUGGAAACUGUUCGAAGCUGGAGGUUAUGUUUUUGAACAAUAACCAGUUUGGUGGUUCUAUUCCGGUUGAGAUUAGGAAGUUAAUGCAGUUGAGAAGUUUUAACAUUUGCAAUAACAAGCUUUCAGGUCCUUUGCCAGAAGAGAUUGGUGAUUUAUACAAUUUGGAAGAGCUUGUGGCUUAUACUAACAACUUGACCGGUCCAUUGCCUCGUUCUAUAGGAAAUCUCAAAAAGUUGACGACAUUUCGAGCAGGGCAGAACGAUUUCUCUGGGAAUAUACCUGCUGAAAUCGGUAAAUGCCUUAACUUGACGUUGCUCGGUCUUGCUCAGAAUUUCAUUUCUGGAGAGCUUCCGAAGGAAAUUGGGAUGCUUGUUAAACUUCAGGAGGUGAUUCUGUGGCAGAACAAGUUUUCCGGGUCAAUUCCGAAAGAGAUUGGGAAUUUAGCACGUCUUGAGACUUUGGCUUUAUACGUUAACUCAUUGGUUGGACCAAUACCUUCAGAGAUUGGUAACAUGAAAUCCUUAAAGAAGCUCUAUCUUUACCAAAACCAGUUGAAUGGGACAAUCCCAAAGGAGCUUGGAAAGCUUUCCAACGUAAUGGAAAUCGAUUUCUCGGAGAAUCUGUUGAGUGGUGAGAUUCCGGUUGAGCUAAGCAAGAUCAGUGAGUUGAGGCUACUGUAUUUGUUUCAGAACAAGUUAACUGGAAUCAUACCAAAUGAGCUUAGUAGGUUGAGGAAUUUGGCGAAACUCGAUCUCUCCAUCAAUUCCUUAACUGGUCCUAUUCCACCGGGUUUCCAGAAUCUUACGUCUAUGCGCCAACUUCAGCUUUUCCACAAUUCCCUCAGCGGUGUAAUCCCUCAAGGUCUUGGUUUGUACAGUCCUCUAUGGGUUGUUGAUUUCUCAGAAAACCAACUUUCCGGAAAAAUACCGCCUUUUAUCUGUCAACAAGCUAAUCUCAUUCUGUUGAAUCUCGGGUCCAACCGGAUAUUUGGAAACUUUCCACCAGGUGUAUUGAGAUGCAAAUCGCUGCUGCAGCUUCGUGUUGUUGGAAACCGACUCACUGGUCAGUUCCCGACCGAGUUAUGCAAGCUUGCCAACCUUUCUGCUAUAGAGUUGGAUCAAAACCGGUUUAGCGGACCGCUACCUCCUGAGAUAGGCACUUGCCAGAAGCUGCAAAGACUUCAUCUUGCAGCUAACCAAUUUUCCUCAAAUCUACCUGAAGAGAUUGGUAAACUCUCUAACCUGGUAACAUUUAACGUUUCCUCAAACUCUCUCACCGGACCAAUCCCCUCUGAAAUAGCCAACUGUAAGAUGCUUCAACGACUUGACUUGAGCCGGAACAGUUUCAUUGGUUCUUUACCCUUCGAGCUUGGAAGCCUUCAUCAGCUCGAGAUCCUCAGACUCUCAGAAAAUAGAUUCUCUGGCAACAUACCGUUUACCAUUGGAAACCUUACGCAUCUAACUGAGCUGCAGAUGGGAGGAAACUUGUUUUCAGGAAGUAUACCGCCUCAACUCGGUUUACUCUCCAGUCUACAAAUUGCAAUGAACCUGAGUUACAAUGAUUUCAGUGGUGAAAUACCUCCCGAGCUUGGGAAUCUUUAUCUGCUAAUGUACCUAUCUCUGAACAACAACCAUCUGAGUGGUGAAAUUCCAACCACAUUCGAGAACUUAUCCAGUUUACUCGGCUGCAACUUUUCCUACAACAACCUCACUGGACGGCUUCCGCGUACGCAGCUCUUUCAAAACAUGACUCUAACCAGUUUUCUCGGAAACAAAGGACUCUGUGGCGGCCAUUUGAGAAGCUGUGGCCCUAACCAGUCCUCUUGGCCCAACCUUUCAUCUCUAAAAGCGGGUUCUGCUCGUCGCGGGAGAAUCAUCAUCAUUGUGUCUUCAGUCAUUGGCGGUAUCUCUCUUUUACUCAUAGCUAUCGUCGUUCAUUUCCUAAGAAAUCCCGUGGAACCAACGGCUCCUUAUGUGCACGACAAGGAACCCUUUUUUCAAGAAUCCGACAUUUACUUUGUCCCGAAAGAACGAUUCACAGUCAAAGACAUUUUGGAAGCAACAAAAGGCUUCCACGAUAGCUACAUUGUCGGUAAAGGCGCUUGCGGAACCGUUUACAAAGCGGUUAUGCCUUCGGGUAAAACCAUAGCAGUUAAAAAACUCGAAUCCAACAGAGAAGGCAACAACAACAACACGGAUAACAGUUUCCGUGCCGAGAUUCUAACACUUGGCAAAAUCCGUCACAGGAACAUUGUCAGGCUCUACAGUUUCUGUUAUCACCAAGGAUCAAACUCAAACCUCUUGCUCUACGAGUACAUGUCUCGGGGAAGCCUUGGCGAGUUACUUCACGGUGGGAAAUCGCAUAGCAUGGAUUGGCCAACUCGGUUUGCUAUCGCACUUGGUGCAGCGGAAGCUCAUGUUGGAGAUUUCGGGUUAGCUAAAGUCAUCGACAUGCCUCAGUCAAAAUCCGUCUCAGCCGUCGCUGGAUCCUACGGUUACAUCGCUCCCGAGUAUGCAUACACAAUGAAAGUAACAGAGAAAUGCGAUAUCUACAGCUUCGGAGUUGUUCUACUCGAAUUGUUAACCGGAAAAACUCCGGUUCAGCCGCUGGAGCAAGGUGGCGAUCUUGCCACAUGGACAAGAAACCAUAUCAGAGAUCAUUCGUUAACAUCUGAAAUACUCGAUCCUUAUCUAACCAAGGUAGAGGACGAUGUGAUUCUCAAUCACAUGAUCACAGUGACGAAAAUUGCAGUACUCUGUACGAAAUCUUCGCCGUCAGAUCGACCGACGAUGAGAGAAGUAGUGUUGAUGCUUAUAGAGUCCGGAGAACGUGCCGGAAAAGUAAUUGUGUCCACCACCUGCGGUGAUUUACCUCCACCGGCGCCACCGUGAAAAAGGGUCUUUUAACUUACUUUUUUUCUGCGAAAUUGAUUGUAUAGAUUAAUAUGAUUUGUAUAGUCAUUAUAGAAGAAAGAGAUUAUCUGAGGAAAAAACAUUCAUAAAAAUCAUUCAUCGUAUAAACUGUGAUUGAAAUAAAAUUAGAAAAUUUUG